AUGUCUGCGCAAGACGCCCCAAGUGCUGCCGAGAUCAUCACUAUCGUCAGUACCAGCUUUACUUUGAACUACAUCGAGUUUCCAGUAAUCACUUUCCUCGCCUACGAAUACCUAAUCACCCUCGACCAAGAGAUCAAGCUAUUCUGGAAGCGCGGCUUCACGGGCGCAUCUGCGCUAUUCCUCUUCGUACGGUACUCGACGCUCAUCUGCUAUGACAUCCUGGGCGCAAUCAGCUUCGCCCGGCUAUCCGAUGAUGUACGUGCACUCCAUGUACCCUCGAAACGAUCAUGGCCUGACACACCCAGUUGCGCCCUCAUCAUCAAAGCACAAGCGGGGUUCUCGAUAUUCCAAUACUUUCCCUGGGCAGCAUUCUCGGCGCUGCGUGUUCUCGCGCUGAGCGGUAUGAACCGGCCGCUCGCAGCUCUCGUCUUCUUGUUAGCCUCCGCCCCGGCUGCGGCGAACUUCACCCAGUAUGGCUUCAAAUUGACUGGGGUGAACACCCCCUUGGCUGGCUGCCAGGGUCAGAUAGAUGCGACACAGCAGCAGGUCGAAAUUCGUGCGUUUGUCGUCGUGUCCAGAGUGGGCCUCAUCCUCGCAGACAUCAUCGGUGUAGCGGUCACGGUGGCCAAAACCCGGCAAGGAGCGAAGGCGCCUCACCUCGGUGGCUCGCAACGAAGUCUGGGUAAUGUCCUACUAUACGACGGGUUAAUAUACUUCGCUGCGCUGCUCUGCUUCAACGUGCUCGACCUCGCGCUGAGCGUCAUCGCGUUCGUGACACCCAUCAACUCAGGCAGCUACGUCACCGCGCUCACAGAUCCGUACGUCCUCGCUGCUCUCUAUACACUUAUACAUACACUGAAGGGCCUCGGGACGCUCUCUGCCAGCCUGACCGCCGUGCUCGUAUGCCGCUUCCUGUUGGACCUCCAAGCAGCGAACGUAUCCUCGAUGAACGACUCGCACGCCUUCGAGUCCGUGGAUCAUCACACCGCCGGGGUAGGCUCCCUCGUCUUCGCGAGGGUGAUCGGGUCUAUGGGCGCGCCGCUAGGACCCGAUCACACGACGACGGAUAGUACCCUGGAUCAGAGUGACGAUGAAGUUUGCGGCGUAUCCCUCUCAAGUCUACGUCCAGCGGCAAGUCUACAUCCAAUAGCAGUUGACGGCACCCGGGAUAUCGAGGAGGUGCCGGCAUCAGGGUAG